UGUUCUGGAGGAAUUUCUAACUUGUGCUUUCUUGAGCAGUGGCUGCCUCCUACUCCGACUUGGUGUGUCAAACUGCUGUCCCUGUGUCAGAGUGAGACCGAGCGAGACAGAGACAGAGACAGAGAGGAGACAGGGCUGGGACUUGGACCAGGGAGACCAGAGAGGCCGGAGACAGGCGUAUGCAAACAGGAAAGGAGGGGAAGUCAUGCCAAACCUGAGGUAUUUAAGGUUAUAAGUACCCUCCAAGGAGCAACUUAACAGACGCCUGGAAAGAUGGAAAAACAACCAGUGAAUGGCGUAUCUCCAACUAUGAAUGGAAAUUCAAAAAGACUGCCGUCCUACUCCGUGGAGACACCCUACGGCUUUCACCUAGACUUGGACUUCCUGAAGUAUGUGGACGACAUCGAGAAGGGGAACACCAUCAGGCGGGUCCCGGUGCAGAGGAGAAACAGGCCCGCCAGCGCCAGUGCCUUGGUCCACAACCGCAGCCUCCCCGGCUACGGGCGCUUACACGGCGCCUCUCAGUGGAGCUCCAUUGGCUCCCUGUGGCCCAAGUCGCGCACCGUAGACAGCGGCUGCGGCCGGCAUCCCAGCACCCCACACAGCAGGGCCCUGACCACUGCUCAGCUGGAGGAGGAGAGGGCUUUCGACGAGCAGCCUCUCGGACUUUACGUGAGACCCAACCUGCUGCGGACCUCCAGCCUUCCCGCGACCGUCCUACAGCGUAAACGCUCAGAGUCCAACGACGAUCCGACCAGCCCCGGCGGGUCCAGGGACCACCUGCUGCUGCCCGGGAACGGCUCUUCGGAUGACGUAUUCAGUGACUCGGGCAGACAUGGCAUGCACGGCGGGCCUGUGAAUUCCGGGAUGCUGCUGCGUCUCACGGGCGCUCUGCAGCGGGUGGGCGAGCUGGAGGAGGAGAUCCGGGUGAUCCCGGAGCUGAAGGCCCAGAUCUGCAACCUGCAGGAGGAGCGGGAGAGGCUGCUCAUGAGGCUCCACUCUGACCCGCCCACAUCAUCAACAACACCACCACCGGGCCUGGCGACCAAUGGACAACAACAACAACAACCACAGCAGCGGUCUUCCACGGGUAUUUCGGCAGAGUGGGGUAACGGGCACAGCUCGGGGCGUGGCUCGAGCACUCUGGAGGAGGAGCAGGAGGAGGACUGGAUGAGUCGUGAGCUGAAACGGCUCGAGGAGAAGGUCAACGCCUCGUCCGUGCAGGUGGAGACCGAGGCCUUGCUGUCGUCGGUGCGAGACGGAGGCGGAGGCGGAGGCAGAGGCAUGCGAGGCAGCGGGCUCAGUCCGAGGCCAGAGCAGCAGCAGCAGCAGCAGCCUGUGGAGGCGCUGCAGAGGAAGGUGGCCAGCCUGGAGCAGAGGCUCCGGCAGUCACAGACGGAGCUGCAGACGACCAAGACCAUGCUGCAGAACCAGGCGACAGAGAGUCGACUGAAGGACGAGAGGAUAGAGGAGCUCAGCUGCAGCACACCAGACAUCUGGGUGAAGACGGAGAUUUCAGAGCAGCAGCAGCAGCAGCAGCAGCCAAAGCAGCAGGAAGGUUGGACAACAAACGGGCAUGUUUCUGAAAGCACUUCAAAGGAGUUGAGAGUCGCUGCGGAGGGGGAUAGCAGACAGGAGGCAGAUGCACCUGCGGAUGUGAGCCACCACGUGGGCAGAGUGCGUACCCUCCUUCAGGAGCAGUGGGAGUGUCUUCUGAGCGGGCGUCAGGCAGUGGACGGGGUGCCAGCGGGACAGCACCUCCCCCCUAGAGCCUCCUGCAUCCAGGAGGAGCUGAUGAGGCUGGUGGACAGCCUUGCAUCAUACGUGGGCCCAGGGCAGAGGAGUGGCACGGACAGCAAGCUAUUAGCUUCCAUCUCUACACUGAGAGAAGGAGAUGUUGUGAAGAACGAGGCCAUCAGCAGUGCGGGAUUCAACCACAGCACAUCCAGUGGGCCACCUGACUGGGAAGAGGCGGGCAUAGUGGUGGGAGCAUCACACUCACUCGAGGAGACAAUGGCGAGCAAAGCUCCAGAGAAGAUAAAACAUUUGAGAGCGGAGGAGAGCCCAGAGGAGGAGACAAAGGGAGACCAGGAUCCUCAGAUUCAACCCAAAUCACAGACAGAGUCUGCCCACUCGGCAGCGCAGCCAGGGAAGACAGAGAGACAGCCUAAUUCAGAUGGACAGCAGGGAAGAUUGGAACAGCGGGAGGAACCAGGGAUGGGAGUUAGAGGGGUUGAUGACGCGUUCAUUGCUGCAUGCCUUUACCUGAAGGACCACAUGGAUGAAAUUACAAAUCUCAAUGACGAGAUGCGGCAGGCGCUGACCGUGGUGUUCCAGCAGUGGUUCCAAGUGGCGGCCGAGGAGGACUCGUCCACCCAGGUGGUGGCGCUCCACCUGGGCCGCGUGAAGGCGGAGGCCCCCUCACUGCUGCAGUUCCUCGUCAACCUGGCGGACGACAACGGCAACACGGCCCUGCACUACAGCGUGUCUCACUCCAACUUCAGCAUCGUCCGGAUGUUGCUUGACACAGGUGUGUGCGAUGUGGACAUGCGUAACAAGGCCGGCUUCACAGCCAUCAUGCUGGCCGCCCUCACGGCCACCAGCUCUCCGCAGGACCUGGAAGUGGUGCGUCAGCUCCUGCAAACAGGAGACGUCAAUGUCCAAGCCGGCCAGGCUGGCCAGACGGCGCUCCACCUGGCUGCGAGGCACGGGCGCCGCCUCAUCGUGCCCCUCUUGCUGGCCGUGGGGGCUGAUGCCAAUGCCCAGGACCACGCCGGCAGCACCGCGCUCAUGCUGGCCUGCGAACGGGACCAUUGCGACAUCGCCGCCAUCCUCCUGCAGCAGGCUGAUUGCAAUACGGCUCUAACUGAUAGGGAGGGGCGCAGUGCACUGUCGAUAGCUCUGGCAGCUUCCUAUGCCAACCUGGCCAACCUUCUUCAAGAACGUAUGGCCUCCUGAGAUUCUAUGAUCAACUACGAUCAGCUCACCCGGCACCCACA